CUGGUGUUGGUAAGCGAUAUUCGAUGAACCCCCCUCCCUCCUCCUCGGUCAGUCCACUUCGACCGCCCGCCGCCGCCGUGAGCUUGGAAAUUCGAGGAGGGGCUCAUCCCCCGUCACGAAGCGACUCUGCAGACAAACAUCGCUCGCUCGUCUCCUCGCUUCGACGAUAUCGAAUUUAUCGAUUGCUUCUAGACUCGGGUCCGUUCUUUGUGAGCUCAUCGUAUCCGCCAUGACAUCCCAGACCCGAAAUAAGGUAAUCUGGAAUCCGGGAAAUGUUAUUGCUGGAAGUUGGACCAGUCAUUCAGCCCACGAGGAUGAGCCGCGGCGUAUGUGCGGACACGGAUACGUAGACGUUCCGCCGCCUCCGAUGAAAAGGGCGCCGCUUCUCAUCUUCCGGACACCGGCGAUGGAUAGACUACCUGCAUUGUUCAGCGCCUCGGAAAUCUUGAAAUCUCGACCUCGUCUUUCAAACUUCCUUGGCCAGGCUUGCAGCCAGCCCCAGUUGAGUGUGUGUGCCUGUCGAUCCCCAACGGAGGGCUCCAAGUUGUCAGCUGGCCCAUUCCUAGAUGGAAUUCUCCAGAGCCGCAAGCAAUAUCGAAUGAACGCCGCAACUUGGCUACAAUCCGAUGUACCAGAUGGUCCAUACAUCUCUCUUUCGCUUGUCGCAGGUACAUUCGAGACCAUCAUUGUCGGGGCCGGUCUGUGGUGCGAGUGUUUUCCGCCUGUAUGAGGGUGGUGGUCACCAGCGCGGGUUUCCCGACGCCCUGGCAGGUUUCAACAAGAACAUACUCAAACCGCAUCAGUCGUCAUCGGACUUCCAUCAUUAGGUUGUCUUGUCCCGGAAUUGGCGCGUCUUUCCCGCUUGUUCGUCUCGAGAUGUUGAAAAGGCAUGCUGAUACUCCCCUGCUCGAACACCGCCAAGACUUUUUGGACGUCGCUCUCGGGGAUGGUUCCAUUACUUAUUGCACCUCGCUUAUUGACAUCC